AUGGAUGUUACAAAGUGCGGUCUGGGGUCAAUCACCCCUGAGUUCCACUCGCCUUCAAACGUGGAUGGAGUCAGGCAAGAUCUCUUCACCAAAGGUAUCGCCUUUAUCGAAGGGUGUGAUGAGGACUCUCUAGUCGACGUGGCCAACCAACUGGGUGAGAUCAAUAGGCCCCGGAAUGAGAAGCUCCAGGGCAGCGGCGUCAGUCACAUCCGGUUCGCACCUAACUUGACCGGCAAGGGAUACAGCUCUGAAGAACUGUUCUUUCACACUGACCGAAGCGGCUGGCAAAGUCCUCCCGGGAUUCUGAUGUCCACUCUGAAAAGUCGAUCGGAGACCGGUGGUGAAUCUCUACUGGCAGACAGCCAUCGCAUUCUCGAGAUUAUAAAGGAAGAAGACGAGGAGCUGUACAGGCUUGUGACCAGCGCCAAGCAUACUAGCUUCUACUCGGAUGACGGCGUGUUCGUGCCGAGGGCCAUCUUCGACACCGAAGAGCAGAUCUUCCGUUUCCGCUUUGACGACAACAUCCAGCUUUCUGCGUCAAUGGUGUCCGGCUUUGCUAGACUGCAGGAGAUCAUCUACAAGAACGCAUUCGUCGUGUGUCUCCAGCCUGGCCAGGGCUAUAUCUUGAACAACCACCGGUUUCUGCACGGCCGGGCCUCUUUCUCUGGUUCUCGUGAACUCCUUCGUGUCUUGGUCACGCCCCAUCCUCCUCGCCGCGAGAUGGUUGUUCUGUUCGAUAUCGAUGGCACACUUUGCCGGUCGGAGGAUCUCAGCAUCGAUGCUUAUUUCUCCUGUGUGAGCGCCGUCGUGGGCAAAACAAUCACUCACGCCAAUACCCCUGUCAGCCUGCACGGCCGCACCGAUCUGAGUCUACUUCAUGCCAUCUUGGACUUCCACGGCGUAGAAGAUAAAGACCAGGCAACGGCAAAGUUCUUUGCUCUUCACCCGGGGUAUCUCGAGGAAUCCCACGCCAAGGGCUUCCCUGUCACUCCUUGUCCCGGCGUCAAGGAGAUUCUCGGCUGGCUGGCCGAGUAUCAACGAGACCGAUGCGACCCGCCCCUCCGAGUUGGCCUAUUGACGGGUAACUCGCGUCCCAAUGCUCUGCUCAAGAUCCGCGCAGCUGGAAUUGAUACCAGUAUCUUUGAUCUAGAGAUCUCGUCGUUCGGAGAUGUCCACCCGGAUCGACAAUCGCUAUUCCAGGACUCUCUGAAGCGUCUGCAGACACGGUACGGUCGCGGAGUCGCGGCUCAUGACAUUGUCAUUGUCGGUGAUACACCGCUGGAUAUUGAAUGUGCGAAGCAAACAGGCUGUUCUGUUGUUGCGGUCGCCACAGGGAGUUACGAGGUGGAUGAUCUGGCACUGUUGGAGCCGGACUUUUGCUGCAGUUUGUUGACGGAAGCGAAGGAUUAUCUGGCCUUGAAGUGUGCUUGA